ACUUGUACGUCCAAUUCAAAAACACACACACUCUCUCUCUCUCUCUCUCUCAUACUUCCAUUAAUGCCCGUCUGCCUUUCUCACUCUAAAACUACAUCCUACAUGUUCAAAACGAGCUGAAGAGAAGCUACGGUGUAAAGGCGAUGGAUUUCGAGAUGUUGUCGUGCUUUUUGCCGGGAAUUCCGAUCUAAUUUUAUAUUUUUCUGUCGUUUAUCGGAAACCGCCGUUUCUUUUUUCUCCUUUUUUGAAAGAGAGGAAAAUUAGUUUCCUUUUUCUUUUUAGUUUGCUUUUGUCUAUUUUGGCAUUUGAAUUUUUGGAAAAGAAAAUGGAGAGAGCUCGGCAUAGGAAGUCCAAAAGUUCUACAAGUAUCGAAGGAAUUCGACAUACUGAGAAACACAAAGCUGCUCCGAGACUGUCUUCUGAUUCUCGAACUCAUGUUGGUGGAACCACUGGGAAUGAUAUGUUCAUGCUUGAGCUGGGGCAAAGAUCUUCGAGACGAGCCACUGGAACACCAAUGAAGAAGUUACUGGAAGAAGAAAUGUCAAAAGAAAUUGAAGUUAAAAGACGAUCACCGAGUGUUGUUGCCAGAUUGAUGGGUCUUGAUGGGCUUCCAUAUCCACGGCAUAUUCAUAGACAACAAAGGAGUUCUUCAGAUAACUAUCAACAAAAAAAUAUCUCGAGCAUUCAACAUAGUGGCCAACUAGUUGAUGGGAAAUCAAGUAGGAGAACCUCAAUGGAUUGUCAAGAAUUCAAGGAUGUGUAUGAAGAUGUGGAAGCAUCUCACAUCGCGAGUCGCCGUUAUUCAUCAAGAUGGAGUGCAAACUCAAAGCUUACAAAACCUGAGUCUGCACUCAUUCAGCCGAAGUUUACGAAUGCAAAACAUCUUUCCACCAAUGAAAAGCUUCUAGGUUCAAAAAAAUUUUCUGAAACACUUGAGUUGGUAGACUCAAAUGACUCAUUUCAGAAAUUUCUUCAGCAUCCAGAUUCCUUAUUUGUAAAGCAUAUUCAUGAUCUAGAAGUUGAUCCUUCCAGUUCUCUUCAUGGUCACAUAAAAGUUCUGAAGCCAUCAAAUUCUGCAAAGUAUGAAAACAAUGCCAAGGCAUGGAAAUCAGAGAGAGAGAUUUCAUGCAAACAUGCCAUGAUCCAGAAACUUGAAGAUGGCCUUUUAUUCCACCCACGCAAUUGCCAUAUAGCUCAUGUUUCUUGCAAGUCACCAAAGAUUCAAUUACAAGAGAUGAAUAGCAGAAAUACUCUUCCCACGAAGAUUGUUGUUCUCAAGCCAAACCUUGGAAAGAUACACAGUGCUCGUGCAUCUGAUUCAUCGCCUGAUUACUCACAUAAUUACCCCUCCAACUUUAGGAAGCUCGCAGAAUAUAGAAGUGUUGGAGCUACUGAAAUACUAUAUGGGAAAAGGAGAGAUUCAUCUGAUGACAUAGGAUCCUUGAAGCCCUUGUCAGGAGAUGCUAGAGAAAUUGCUAGGGAAAUUACAAGGCGAAUGAGGGAUGGUUGUGAUGGAUUCAUUGAUCCAACAUCUUCUGGAGUCAGAGGAUAUGCAGGAGACGAGAGUUCUUACGAUGCUUAUGAAAGUGAUUCUGCAAGUGAAUCAGAGGUUUUUAAAUUGUCAUCUAAAAACUCACGCCGUUGUAAUAACCAGUGUAAAUAUUCAUCUUUUGGUUCAAUUGAGUCAUCCGUAAAUAAGGAGGCAAAAAAGAGACUGUCUGAUAGGUGGAAGACAACUCAUAGAUGUCAGGAUUUAGAAAUGGUGGGUAAAGCUAGCACACUGGGUGAAAUGCUUGUCGAACCUGAUAGAGAAACAAGGCCAAAAUGUUUGAAUGCUAAGGUUGAUAGGACAAGUGAUCGGAAUACAAGCACCAAUGGAACUGCAAUUUGGGAUGCUCCUUUGGGCAUUAGCAGUACUGAUGGUUGGAAGGAUGAGCGAAAUAAAAUUUCUUCUAGAUUGAUGUCCCUUUCUCCUUCUGUGAGUGGCAAAACUCGCAGAAGAAGAACUUAUUCUGUAACUCUGGCCGAAGACCAAUAUCUGAUGCAUAAUGACAGUGUCAAUUGUGGUAGAAGUGAGUUUGUGAAGGGAAACCUAAGUUGGAAGGAAGAUGUUUCAUCUAAAGAUAUAAAAUGCAGGAGCCAGAAAUCUUCCUGCCACCACAAAUUUACCAAUGAAACAGAUUCUUCACCAGAAUCCAAUUUUGAGAUCCAAACAGAGAUGAACUUUGAAACAAUCACAAGUGAAAAGCAAUCCACAUCUCAGAUUACUGAAAAAGAUGGCACCUGUGCAACUGUUCCUGAUGCAAAGACUGCUGCUAAGCAUGGAGGUAUAACCUCGUCUUUAAAAGCUUCAGAGUUGCAAUUGAAGCAAUCAUCUUCGGAGGUAGAAAAUGACAAAAAUACUGCUUGUGACAAAGAGGAUUCUAAUUUCCAGGUUUGGAUAUUCACUUUCUUUUAAAAAAAUUACUAAUGCUGCAUGCAUGCUGCAAAUACAAAACCUUGUAAAAUGCUGCUUUAUUUUUACAUGUUUUCCAUAGUCCCUAUCUGCAUAAUUAAUGAGGGUCGAUUUCUUAUUUUCUCAUUUUACUUGAAAAACUGCAUUAAACUGAGAUAAGGCUUUACAUUUCCUACUGCAAAUUAUUGCACUUCCUAUAUAUAGAACCACAUUUCCUUGUGCAAUAGAAACAUUUUACGUGCAUGGAAAUUAUUU